CAAAAUAUUAGUACGAUUCCUUUUUAAGUCCAAACCAAUAAAAAGUACACAAAUUAUAAAACACAUACAUAUUUAGUCUACAUUGCUACACAAAACAAAUACCACUAUUUUCCCUCCUUCCAUUUCCGGCGACUUCCCAUAAAAAAUACUCUCGAUGGCGAAACAACUUCAUCACACCUCCUUCAUCACUUCUCUUCCAAAACGACACCGUUUUGAUCACACAUCCUUUCACAACAAAAAUACCAACAUUUUUCUUCCUUUUAAUUUAAACCCAUCAUCACCAAUAAAUUUACAUUUUUCGCGUUUAUUAUGGCAUUCUAGAUUAAUCUCUUACUCGCCCAUUACAGCGCGUGGGACGACACGUGACGGUGUAAUAGUUACAGAAAGUGAUGAUGACGAACGUGAUGACGUGGCGGCGGCUGUUGUUAAGAAAGAGAAGAUCAAGGAAACGGUUGUGUUGGGUUUGUUGUUUGCUGUUUGGUAUCUCUUCAAUAUUUAUUUCAACAUUUACAACAAACAGGUUCUGGAAGUUUUUCCGAAUCCAAUUACCUUGACUGCAGUUCAGCUUGCUGUCGGUACAUUCAUUAUAUUUUUGUCGUGGGCUUUAAAUCUUCAUAAGUGGCCGAAUAUCAGUCAUGCACAGCUUGUAGCAAUCCUGCCAUUGGCUGUAAUGCACACCUUGGGUAAUUUUUCGACUAACAUGAGUCUUGGAAAAGUCUCUGUUUCAUUUACUCACACGAUCAAAGCAAUGGAGCCGUUUUUCACAGUUGUACUCUCUACAAUGUUUCUUGGAGAGAUACCAACAGCAUGGGUAUUGAGUUCCCUUGUACCGAUUGUUGGCGGAGUAGUACUCGCAUCUCUGACUGAAGUCUCGUUUAAUUGGCCUGGUUUUUGGAGUGCGAUGGCAUCCAAUUUGGCAAAUCAAUCACGUAAUGUACUCAGUAAAAAGUUCAUGGUUAAGAAAGAGGAAUCAUUGGACAACAUUACUCUCUUCUCGGUGAUAACAAUCAUGUCUUUCUUGUUGUUUACACCUAUUGCAUUACUCGUGGAAGGAGUCAAAUUUACGCCUGCUUACCUACAAUCCGCUGGGUUAAACAUCAAAGAUGUGUACAUUAGGUCUCUCCUUGCUUCAAUCUGCUUCCAUGCAUAUCAGCAGGUUGCUUAUAUGAUAUUGCAAAGAGUAUCUCCAGUUACACAUAGUGUGGGUAACUGUGUGAAACGCGUGGUGGUCAUCGUAGCCUCCAUCUUCUUUUUCCGUACACCCAUUUCAUUUAUCAAUUCCGUAGGUACUGGAAUUGCCCUUGCUGGAGUAUUUUUCUAUUCACAGGUGAAGCGUAUUAAGCCCAAAACUGCAUGAAGCUACACUAACUUGUGAUUAUAGUGAUUUUUGAACUGUAGAAAAUGUUUAGAUAGCGAUUUUUGGUGAUAGAUGUUUUGUAGAGUAACAUUUAUUACAGGGUAGUCGUGAUUAUAAACUUUAGCCCCUUGUGACUGGAGGCGAGCUAUUCAAACUUUUCACAAUUGUUUUAGCUAUUCGAAAGAUCUUGGGACAGUCAA